CUUGUCAAGCAAGUCGAACAUGGGUGGUCGGAUUACAUUAAAAAUACUAACAAAAUUAAUAUUCUGAUCGAAUACAACAAAUGACAAGAUACUAAUUACCGGAUAGCAAGCAACCAUAUCUAUUUUAGGAACACAAAUACCAUUAGCGUAGCACGAUGGCUGAGUUAGCGGCUUUGCUGCAAACGGAGAUUCCCGAGGGGCGCAACCAUCUUACGGACAGCCACACGAACUUGGAGCGUGUGGCGGAAUACUGUGAAGCAAAUUAUUUUCAGUCUGAAAAUAAGCGGCUUGCUUUGGAAAGCACGAAAAACUACACAACACAGUCCCUGGCCAGUGUAGCAUACCAGAUAAACACAUUGGCAUACAAUUUCCUGCAGUUAUUGGAGCUGCAAACCAUGCAACUGGCAGAAAUGGAAGGACAGAUGAAUCAUAUUGCGCAGACAGUCUCUAUCCAUAAAGAGAAGGUAGCUAGGAGGGAAAUAGGAGUGCUGACUGCUAAUAAAGUCACUAACAGACAGUAUAAGAUCAUUGCCCCGGCUAAUCCAGAGAAACCUAUUAAGUAUGUGAGGAAGAGCAUUGAUUACACAGCUCUCGACGACAUCGGUCACGGCGCACGCUGGAGCAGCGCGGGCACGCCGCGCGCGCGCCGCUCGCAGGCGCCAGCGCAGCCCCUGCCGGCGCCCACCACCAAGCCGCCCACGCCGCCCGCCGCGCGCGCGCAACAGUCGAACACUGGCACGCUGGGACGGGGAACACUUGGCAAGUCGUCCCGGGAGUACCGCACGCCGCCCGCGGUGGCGCCGCCGCAGGUGCCGUCUCACUACGCGCCCAACUACCCGCGCCGCCCGCCCGGCUACUCCACGCUGCCCGUCGCGCAGCCACAGGUUGGCAUGGUUCACCCGAACCAGCACCAGUCGCCUUCGAACUAUUCUCAGCAAGACAUGCAUUCCAGCAUGCCACCACCGCCCUCUCCACUGAUCGGGUCGGACGGAGAACACAGCCAGCAUUCCAUGAGUCUUCCUGGACAACGCGGGUCGGGCCCGCCGGGCGGGGGCGCGCGCGGCGGCUCGGUGUCGCCGCCGCUGCCGCCGCCGCCGCUGGACGACGAGCUCGCGCACGACGCCUUCGGCCGCCAGCACCAUCUUAACAAUAAGCUUCGUCUACAGUACACGAGCGCCGUGCCCGCUAUCGUGCCGGACGAGGAAGAUUUGCCGGGCUGGGUGCCCAAGAACUAUAUCGAAAAAGUGGUGGCGAUCUACGACUACUACGCGGACAAAGAGGACGAGCUCUCUUUCCAAGAGAGCGCCGUUAUCUACGUGCUGAAGAAGAACGACGACGGCUGGUGGGAGGGCGUCAUGGACGGCGUCACCGGCCUCUUCCCCGGCAACUACGUCGAGCCCUGCGUUUAAUCGCUUUAGCCUUACUCCGUCUUCACAUUAUCCGAUCC